AUGGGCGGGCGUACAAAGAUUGAUACAGUCGGCAAUCAUUAUUUCCUGCAGUUUGUUAUCCAGUAUGGGAUUAUUCUCGUAGGUAUGGGAAUUUUCUUUAUCACGGAAUUGUUUGUCCUUCCAAGAACAGCAAGGCAUUUCUUAAUCAACGAUCCCAGCAUUUCCAAACCAUUUAAAGAACACGAGAUCGUGCCGACUACACUCUGUUUGGUGCUCUCGCUAGGCGUGCCCACCGUCGUCUGCCUCGCCGUCUGCCUUGCUCAGCGGGGCCAUUUGUCACGUGACUCAAAUAUGCCGCUACCCGUGUCGCUCUCGCCGGCAGCAAUGUCGUCUAACGCUGUGUUCGCGUUCCGCGCGCCUGCCAAUUCUGGAGAUUCCACCGUUCAUGUGUUCCACUGCAGUAUGGUCCAGCUCUGGCUCGCGACGGCGCUUAUGGCAGGGACCACAAACAUCUUGAAACUACUGAUCGGAAACCUACGCCCUGAUUUUCUUGCCCGUUGCAAGCCCCAGGUCCCGCCAGGCACCCCUACGUCCACCCUGCUCACCAUAAAGAGCUGUGCGAUGGUCAAUAGCAUUGUAUACGAGGGAUUUAAGUCCACCCCAAGCGGCCAUAGCAGCUUCAUCUGCUGCGGUAUGGCCUUCCUCUUCCAGUGGCUCGGCACGUUCCUCCCUACUAAACGCCGCUGGGUCCACCGCGCCUGGUGCCCGGUACUGGCGGUUCUCGUCAUGUGGUCACGUGUCAUAGACGGUAGGCACCAUUGGUACGACGUGGUGUUUGGAUGCGCGCUAGGCGUGACUGCCCAUGUGAUUGCCGCGCGCGCAAUGAAAUAA